CGUUAGCUCGCGCUCCAAAAAAUAAAUAAAUAAAUAAAAUGGUACGUCCUGAACUAGUUCUGCUCCUGCCACUACAUCACUAACGCACAUUUCUCUCAAACCACCUCCGUCACCAGGUCCGGAUGCGUGAGCCACAGCGUUUCCCAUUGGGUACGCGCGUGGCCAACCCCGUCGAAGGUCGCACAGGUGAGAUCAAGGCCUUCGACCCUGAUACGGGGCUCUACACGCUCGUGUACAACGACGACCACCGAGACGUGCUGAACGCCAGCCAAACACAACAGCUCGUCAUCCGCAAGUCACCCGAAGAGGAGGCCAAGGAAGCGGAAGAGCGUCAGAAGGAAAAGGAAUCAGACCCGAAUCAGUAUUUAGGAGCUACUGUCACUAAGAGCUCCACCAGCUACGAGGGCAAGACGCUCACGAGUUCAGGCCAAGUGACACAAUACUUUGCAGACAUUAAGAGGUUCAGAGUGCUCUUCUCCGACGGUCUGUACUCAGAUAUGACAAUCGAUGAGGUCAAGCAGAACCUCAUGCUGAAUGACAAGGAAUCAGAUUCCGAGAGGAAGAGAUCGGGAGGGCACGACGCAGCGGAGUCACUGUCAUCCAAGAAGAAAAAGAAGCAUCACCACCACGAUGAGGAGAAAGAGAGGCCGCUGAACACGCAGAAGUUUGACAGUCGCAAGACGGCGUAUACUAUAUGUCGAGAGGUGCUGAGGAUCAUUCUAAGCCAGAAGAAGGUGGCCAAGAACUGCACCGAGAAGCAAAAAGUGAUCCUCAAUAACAAGGAUCUGCAGCCGAAGAAAGCGCUGGUGGCGUUUGUGGAUGCCGAUGGACUUCAAGCUCUCGAAAAAAUGUUGACGCAUUGGUUCCGCCUUGAUAGUACUCGAUCUGCCUCGUUGCUUGUCAUGAAGGUGCUGGCGAUGCUGCCUGGAGUGAAGGAAGAACAUCUUAGAAAGACGAACAUUGCUCGCACCUUGAGAGGAAUCGAGAAACUCAGCCACUCAACAGGUCAAAUCGAGCUUGUGUAUGGAGACUUGGCACAAUGGAUCAUCAAAAAGUGGGCUAGAACAGCGAUGAACCGCUCGUUUAACCGGUCAGCUCGUGACCUGCUUCUGGAGCAACAGGCUCAGAUUAGCCGAGCGGCUACUGAUGGACAAGUUCACGUGGCUUCACGCUCAACAGCCAAGUUAACUCCGCAGCAGAAAGAGACGGCGCGACUGGAAGCUCUGCGAGCUGGAACGGAUAAAACUGAUGAGGCAGAGCAAGAUCCAGGCGAGGAGGUGGUGGUGUAUCUGCCUCAGUUUAACUCGCUGGGAUCGGAGGAUAUGCGUCGUCCAGUGCGUCAAACGCAGGUGAUUGAGUCCCUGGCUGCGAAGAUUAAUCGCGAUUAUGAGGACUCAUUGAAAAGGCACAAGGACGGCGAGGACGAGGAGAAGAACGAUGGGGUGACGCAGGGACGAAUGGUGUUUGGAAAGCCUCAGCUGAUGCACUUUAGUCAGCACGUUCCUGUCAUCGAUCUGUUCGCUACUACUCGCAGUAAAAUUGUUGGGAAUAACACUGCAACGGGAGGAUCUACGGAUAAUACAGUGACUUCGAGUGCUGAGGUGGAUGACAAUUCUCCACCCAAGCCUCUGCCUAUGCCGAACAAGACAACGCAGCCGAAGAAGUCCAUUCUGAAAAUCAGAGAGGAAGUGAUCACCCCGGCGUCCCAGGUCACUUGGUAAUGCGACUGGAGUUCGAGGUUCCCUGUGGGUUAAUUGAUGGGUUAUUAGGUCAAAUAGGGGUUAAUCAGGACUGAAAUGCAGUAAAAGAUCAAACACGUUCCCUUUAUCUACUGAACAAA